AUGGGGAAGGGCAAGGCCGUGCUUGCGCUGCUCGUCGUCAUUGCCGUCAUCGCUGCGAGUCCCCUGGUGUCGCAGGCAACAGCCGCAGCAUCGGCGAGCGUGGUGGGCACGCGGAUGAAGAUCAGCAGCCGCGCUCUCACCUUCAACGCCCUCCGCUGUGUCGCCAUUCCAGCCAGCGGCGGGAAUAGGAGCGUGCAGGUGACAUGGCAGCAGGGAAACAAGACUGCUUGCACGGAGAUUCAGUUCUUCAACAGUUCCAAGUGCACAGGGAAGACGGUGGACACUCUCGCACAAGGCGAGCAGAGGUCGACUUCUCUCAGCAAGGCAGUCAAGUCCGCCCGCUGCAUCAUUGCUGCCAGCAACACCACCGCUUCUGCCAGCAACACCACCGCUUCUGCCAGCAACACCACCGCUUCUGCCAGCAACACCACCGCUUCUGCCAGCAACACCACCGCUUCUGCCAGCAACACCACCGCUUCUGCCAGCAACACCACCGCUUCUGCCAGCAACACCACCGCUUCUGCCAGCAACACCACCGCUUCUACCAACAGCACCACACCUGCUUCUGACGCAGAGAGUUCAAGCACGAGCAAGUGUAGCAAUGGCAGAGUCAACCCGUGUAACGGGGGCACGUGCAUCGACCGUGGCGCUGAGCACCCGACCUGCGUCUGUCGGCCCAACCACCUUCCAGUUAACAACGACUGUGACGGCGCUGAUUGCUUCAAUUGUCGUGAGGAUUGGAUGUUAAAAACGAGCGUGAGAGUCAUGGGCAGCGACUGGAGCUGCAAGGACGUGUACACCAUGUAUGGCCUCACGCUGCAGCAGUUCACCGAUCUGAACCCGGUGAGCCCUGCAACGUGCUUAGCCGAGCCAUCUCGAUUCCCGCAAGUCUGUGUGCAUCUUUUGAGCAUGUCGUGCCGUUCUUGUUUCUGUGCCGUAUCUUUCUUCCACCAUCUUUCACCCCCUCUCACUCUCACACCCUCUGUCUCUUUCUACCUCACCUCUGACUUACUGAAUCACUUCCUCCUUCACUCUCUCCCUCUCUUUCUACCGCACCACUCUCUCACCAUCGUUCUCUCUCCACCUUCUUCCUCUCUCAUCCCCUCUAUCUCUCCCUAUGCUCUGCUGUCUCCCUCUCCCACACCCUCUCCUUCGCUCACUGCCCCUUCCCCUCUAGAGUAUUGA